CCGUGAAGCGUUGGAAAAAAAAAGUGGUGAUGGAUAAAGUGAAAUUAACGGAGAAUGCAGAAAAGAUGUGAUCCGCUGAACGAUGGCUUUGCUGAGGGGAACGGAGAAUUAUUCUUUAAGCACGAACCCAACCUCUCCGCGCCCGGAUCGCACACAAUCUACGCCAAAAUCCCGCCCAACCUGCAUGAACAUCCCUGCGAGUGUCCCUGCUGGACGAUGCCCAUCAGCCGGCUGUUGACCGAGGUGACCGGCCUAGAUUCGAGCGAGGCGGACGGCCUGCCGCAGAAGAUUUGUGUCGUGUGCAUUUCCUACCUCAAGCACGCGUACACGUUUCCGACAAUGUGGCCGCACUGCUGGCCGCCCGGUAUCUAGUCACACGAUAAACGAAUAACGGUUCCUGGACCUCUGGACGGUCCCAUUGAACCGGUUGUGAUAAAGCCGGCGGUGAAACGACCGGAAAUGAACGACGUUUGCCAGUGAAUGAUGACGGCGGGGCCGGAUGGGCGGGCGGUGCCCUUUCAGAAGAACCUGGACAAGCAGCAGCUGAUGCAGACGUGUUGCUUAAUGGGAAUGGGUGGACGCAGGAGAAUUUUUUUUAUGGCAGAGUUGUUGCGGAUGAUUACGGUGGAACCUAUGCUGAGGAUUCUGAACCGGGCUGGAGAACAAAACGGUGCUGCUUCCCGAAGGAUUGAAAGGGCAAACCGAAGUUUCUUCUCCAUAUUGUUUCUUAGGACUAGACAAAAUCAAAAUGAAGCGGAAUAAUAUUCUUUAGUGUUGUGUCGA